GUUGGCAACUUUUCCCGCGCAACGGCCUUUACCCAAACCCGACGUCGAUUGACUCGUGUGUCUUUUUUUCUUCUUUCGCAAACGUACCUUCGAUCCGGCACCAUCAACAUCACAUCACACUCAUGCUUUGGCAAAGGUCAAUGGGCGCUUGAACAAAUUUGAGCUCCGCCUCUUCUCGGACUUGCUUCCGGGCUGGGCGGAGCACAUCUCUUCCCGUACUUGAGCGAGCAAGCCACGAGACGAGACCCCAUCGUCCCUGAUGCCACUGGCCUCGCACCUUGCGCUAAGACAUGGCUCCCUUGGCUAUGCCUGGUGCUUGAAGCCGUCGCGCAGUUUCGGUGGCAUACACGGUCGACAACUGAUCCCGCGGAACCCAUGGCAGUCCUCGGUUGUCACUCAACGGUCGCCACCAAGCUCCAGAUUUCGCACUGAUGCUUGGCCACAUUCCCGUCGACUCGGUCACCCCGAGAAGGGCUCUGCACAGUCGGAGCCUAGACUGCGAUACACCGAGGUCGAUGAACAUGGCAGCAUCACCCAGUCGGUGUCGUCAAGCCGUUCGGAGCUCCUGGCCAAGUAUGGUCUUGCCCCGAGGGAUAUUCGCAAGAUCGAUUCUUCCACUCUGUCGCACAUCUUGAUCCGGCCGACGACUGUGCUUCUUCAUCUGUUCCACCUCAAGGUCCUUGUGCAAAGGAACCGCGUCCUUCUUUUCGACAGCUUUCAGUCUUCUCCCGAUGCAUCUUCAACCGUCUCGCCUGCCUCCCGCUCGGCUCUCUUGCGUGAUUUGCAAGAUAGGAUUCGACAGCCGACCAACGGCAGCCAGCCUCAAACAAACGAUGAUACAUCCUCGGCUCCGUUGCCGUAUGAGUUUCGGGCGCUUGAGGCAGUGCUCGGGUGCGUCGUGACGGAACUCGAGCGCGAGCUAUACACCAUCAAAGGACCAGCGCUGCAACUGCUUAAAUCACUUGAAGAAGAGGUGGAUUCAGGUCUGGAUCGACGGAAGCUACAUGUUCUUCUCAAUCUCCACAACCAACUUUCGAGGUUUGCUCAACAAGCAGACCUGGUCCGGACCGCCGUGGAGGAUGUUUUGGACUAUGAAGACUCGAUGGCGGCGCUGUACCUCACCGAUAAAGCCGAGGGACGGGCAAGGGCGACGUUUGACGAUCUCACUACGGUGGAAUUGCUGCUGGACUCGUACUACAGGCUUUUUGACGAGAUUGCACAGGAGGCGCAGAACCUGGUCGUCACCAUCCGGAAUACGGAGGAGAGCGUCAGCGCAAUUCUCGACGCCAACCGCAAUCUGUUGAUGCUUUUGGACCUCAAGUUCCGGAUGGGUACACUAGGUCUGGCCAUGGGCUCCUUCUUCUCAGCCUUCUACGGCAUGAACAUCAUGAGCCACAUACGGGAAUAUCUCUGGGCAUUUCCAGGCGUCUCAGCCACAUCCGCUGUUCUUGCAAUCGUAACCAGCUGUUAUGGCAUGCUCGUGUUGCGCAAGUUUGUCCGGCUUAGGCUGUCUGGCCGAGGGGAUGCCGCGACGGCUGCUCGGAAAGUCCGAUGAGCUCAGUACGGCUUCUCGAUGUAACAUAUUGUUUCUAUUAAAGACCACAACCAAGCCUCCAAAACACUGGCCGACUUUGUUAUCAGCGGCCAUGAACGGGUCCCGCAGAGUAAGAUACUGCUCAGCAAAAAGGACGUCCACGUCAACCUGACAAAGUCACGGAAGCGUGGUUCCAGGUGCGAUCUGCCUGUCAUGCAUCGCUGAUCUGUACCAAACCUAUCUCGAAACUUAAUACAUUAAUUAUCCACUCUAUGAAUAUGCUUGAAA